AAGCAAAUUCCAUAAUCUCUUUAAACCUCUUUACCACUCUAUAAAUAUCUCUCCUUCUCCACCCAUCACCUUCACUUCUUCACCUUCUCAAAAUUCCAACAAACAUUUAAAAUCUCCAAAAAAAAAAAAAAAAUGUCAGCUGCUUCCAUUUCCACUUCUCAUUAUGAAGAGUUUCAUUAUUCAAGAAAACUCCUUCUUCACCCCUCCCUCCACAAGCUCUCCUUCACCGCCGCCGCUCCCUCCACCCUCCACGACCAAUCUGAAUUCUACUCCGGCAGCAGCAGCGGAGAUACCACCUUCGACACCAAUGUCGUCAUGGUUCUCUCGGUCCUCCUCUGCGCCUUAAUUUGCUCCUUAGGCCUCAACUCCAUCAUCAGAUGCGCUUUGAAAUGCUCCCGUUUUGUCAUCUCCGACGACGGCCGCCGCUCCUCCUCCACUGCCCCCGCCUCCACUGGAGUCCACAAGAAGGCCAUCAAGAGCUUCACGGUGGUUCAAUUCUCGCCCAACCUCAACCUCCCCGGGCUUGACUCCGAGUGCGUCAUUUGCCUGUCGGAUUUCGCCGCCGGCGAGAAACUCCGGCUGCUCCCGAAAUGCAACCAUGGGUUCCAUGUUAAGUGUAUUGAUAAGUGGUUGAGUUCUCACUCUUCUUGCCCUAAAUGCCGCCAGUGUUUAGUUCACACUUGUCAGAAAAUCGCCGGCGUCGCCACCGCCUCCGGUUCCCCCCCGCCGCCUGCGGUUGUCGGCAUAGCGCCGCUGGAUCACGAAGCUCCGGUACGGAAUUUACGGUUGUAAUGGAAAUGAUUAUACGAAUUAGGCGAAAUGAUUUAAGAGUUUAAUUAAAGUUUAAUGAAAUUGUAUAUAUUUUUGUUUAAUUUUUCCUUCA